UCUGGCUGCUCUUCAUGUCCACCUGACCUUCAUCACUUCUGGAGUCAACCUCAUGGAGGAAGAACAACCAAAUAUCUCCAAACCUAAACUGAGCAGUCCAGUCCAGUUCUACCAGAGUGCUGUGAAUGCGGCCUUACAGAGUCCAAACGGACACCUGGACUUGUUCCUCCGAUUCCUCCUGGGUCUUUCACUGCAGACCAAUCAGAGUCUCCUUCAAGGUCUGAUGACUCAGACAGGAAGUAGCUCACAGACUAAUCAGGAAACAAUCCAGUUCAUCAAGGAGAAGAUCAGUGAGGAUCUGUCUGCAGAGAAAAGCAUCAACCUGUUCCACUGUCUGAAUGAACUGAAUGAUGGUUCUCUAGUGGAGGAGAUCCAACAGUUCCUGAGGUCAGGACGUUUCUCUACAGAUAAACUGUCUCCUGCUCAGUGGUCUGCUCUGGUCUUCAUCUUACUGUCAUCAGAAGAAGAUCUGGAAGAGUUUGACUUGAAGAAAUACUCUGCUUCAGAGGAGACUCUUCUGAGGCUGCUGCCAGUGAUCAAAGCCUCCAACAAAUCUCUACUGAGUGACUGUAAUCUGUCAGAGAAAAGCUGUGCAGCUCUGUCUUCAGUUCUCAGCUCUCAGUCCUCCAGACUCAGAGAUCUGGAUCUGAGUUUCAACAACCUGCAGGAUUUAGGAGUGAAGCUGCUGUCUGCUGGACUGGAGAGUCCACACUGUAAACUGGAGACUCUCAGGUUGAUGAACUGCAGUUUGUCAGAUAUCAGCUGUGAAGUUCUGGUCACAUCUGUGAAGUCCAACCCAUCCAACCUGAAAGAACUGGACCUGAGCUGGAACAAGAACUUCCAGGAUUCAGGAUUUCUUCAUCUGUGUAGUUUUCUAGAGCUGCCAGACUGCAGACUGCAGACUCUGAGGUUGAUGAACUGCAGUUUGUCAAAGAACAUCUGGAAACCUCUGAUCUCAGCUCUAAAGUCCAACCCGUCCAAUCUGAUAGAACUUGAUCUCAGGUGGAACAGAGACCUGCAGGAUUCAGGAUUUCCUCAUUUGUCUGGUUUUCUGGAGAGUCCACACUACAGACUUCAGACUCUGAAGUUGAAGGACUGCAGUUUGUCAGAGAUCAGGGGUAAAACUCUGAGUUCAUCUGAGAAUCACAACCUGUCCAGUCUGACAGAACUGGACCUGAGCUUGAACAAAAUCCAGGAGUCAGGAUUUCUUCAUCUGUGUGGUUUUCUGGAGAGUCCAGACUGCAGACUGCAGACUCUGAGGUUGAACUGGUGCAGUUUUUCAGAGAUCAGCUGUGAAGUUCUGGGCUCAGCUCUGAAGAACAACCCAUCCAGUCUGACAGAACUGGACCUGAGUGGGAACAAAAUCCAGGAUUCCGGAUUUCUUCAUCUGCGUGGUUUUCUGGAGAGUCCAGACUGCAGACUGCAGACUCUGAGGUUGGAGAACUGCAGUUUGUCAGAGAUCAGCUGUGAAGUUCUGGGUGCAAACUGGACCUGA